CACUGAUCUGAGAUCUGAGAGUCUGACUAAGCAUCCGCUCUAUCCUGGGUCUCCAUGGAGGGUAAAGAUGACGCCGGCCGUAAUGUCGCAUGCCUCAAGUCGGAGGUGUAUGAGGGGGUGGAGUCUGUCCUGUUGCCCUGUACUGUACCGCAGGAUGUUUCCAGGGACUCCACAGCAGCAGUGUGGGACCGCAAGGACCUCCAAAACCCAACAGUCCAUCUGCGUCUGCAGAGCGGCGAUGAGCUUACGAAGCAAAACCAUCUUUAUCUCAACCGAACAUCAAUGAGAGCUGACGCGCUGCAGAGUGGAGACCUCAGCCUGACUCUGAGGAAGCCCACAGUCAAUGACAGUGGAACCUACACCUGCACCACCCGCAAGUUUGGACAAGAUCUGAGCAAGACCCAUUUGGAACUGAACGUGGCAGAGCGCCCUCCUCCUACAUCCCCUCCAGUCUGGCCCAAAGUUCUCUCUGGUGUCCUGGUUCCUGUGGUUCUCCUGGCUGUUGGCUUUGGUGUCUUCAUGUACUUUAGAUAUAAAAAGCUGAAGAGCAAAGAAGUCCUCAAGGCAGAGGCGCAUGUAGGCAAGGAGUCAGUAAAGCUGCCCUGCAGGAGUACAGCCCAUCCCCUGUCUGGAGACACUACGGUGGAGUGGAAGGACAGAAAUGGCAGGAAGGUCCACGUUUAUCAGGAAGGCCGUGACCGUCCUGAAAAACAGCACAGACGCUACAGAAACCGAACUGAGGUGAAUAAAGACAUGUUGAAAACUGGAGACCUCAGUCUGACCCUGAGAUACCCCACAAACACAGACAGAGACACCUACACCUGCACCGUCUACAAAGGGAAGAGUGAGGAAGACACCCUGAUGGAGAAACAAGUGGAGCUGAAAAUCACAGAGUGUCGGGUGGAGGCGGUGGAGGGGGAUGAGUUUGUCCGGCUGCCCUUCAAAACCACAGAAAACCUGCCUCGAGACAGUGAAGUGGAGUGGAAACGCUAUGAACCUGAUUACAUGAAGGUCCACGUGUAUUAUCAGGGCUCUGACCAGCCUGGCAGACAGGAUCAGGAGUUCAGAGGUCGCACUGAGAUGGUUCAAGACCCACUGGGGACUGGAGACCUCAGUCUGACCCUGAGACACCCAACAAAGGGAGACACUGGGAGAUACGGCUGUGAGGUCAACAGUAAGGAGGCCUGGAGAUACAACAGAGUGUUCCUCACAGUCAAAGGUGAGGCCACAGAAUUGGAUCCUCUGAUGCUUGAGGUUCAGAGAGAACAGCAGUGAGCAGACGGUGGAUGAAGAUGAGACGCUGCAGAGUUCACGUGUGUUUCUGCAGCUUCUUUACUUCAGCUGAGUCGACGGAGCUUUUCUACAUUACUUUGACUUAAACACUCAAACUGUGUAUUUAUACUUUUAUUACUACAGAGGAUGUGAAACUAAUUUCCAUAUAGUCAGCUGUGAGCACAUAUUAACCUGUAUCUGUGUCACUUUAAUGUUCUGAGUUAGACUGACUGUAGAUUAUAAACCUGCUCAGACUUUACUGCUUCUGUAGAACAGAAUACUACGAGACCUGUAUCACUAUCACACACAUGACUAUAUGAAAAUGAAACGAACAAAGCCACAGCUGUGACACACUGCUCAAACUAAUCUAACAACUAUGAAAUAAACUGCAUC